UACUUGACUGUCGGCCUCCUCGGUGUCCAGCGGGCGUGCAGCAAUAAAUUUAACCUGCGACAACAAAUAAUAUGAACAGUGGAUUUUUAAAUCAUUCCUUGGCGAUAGAAAAGAUGUAUGUAGCUAAAGACCAGACUUUUUAUUAAUCUAUUUAUCCUAGUACUCACCGAGAUGUUGCGCACAUCGGAUAAACUGCCCGUGUCGGGCUGAGUUUUCGGUACGACAAGAAUGAAGACACAUUUGCAACACGUAUCGACUCGACCCUCUUUCAACAGUCAGCAACUCAUUACCUUGCUGUCAGGAUUUCCCAUACAGAUUUUCAAAUGAAAAUGGAGGAUAUGCCCCUGUCAGGCCCAGACAACACCAGGCUGGAGGCCUUGGUCCAUGACAUCUACUCUGAGCUGGUGGAAGAUGCCUGUUUGGGCCUGUGCUUCGAGGUUCAUCGUGCUGUGAAACAGGGCUGUUUCUUCUUGGAUGAAACAGACCAAGAGAGCAUGAAAGAGUUCGAAAUUGUGGAUCAGCCAGGUGUCGACAUAUUUGGCCAGGUGUACAACCAGUGGAAAAACAAAGAGUGUGAGUGCCCGAACUGCAAGAGACUGAUCGCAGCCUCUCGCUUCGCCCCACACUUGGAGAAAUGUCUCGGCAUGGGCCGCAACAGCAGUCGCAUCGCCAACCGCAGGCUAGCCAGCAACAAUAACAUGAGCAAAUCCGAGAGCGACCAGGAGGACAACGAUGACCUCAAUGAUAACGACUGGUCGUAUGGGGCGGAGAAAAAGGCCAAGAAAAGGAAGUCAGAUAAGAAUCAAAAUUCCCCGAGAAGAUCCAAGUCUCUAAAACAUAAAAAUGGUGAGCUCGGCAGCAGCGUCAGUUCGGAGCCUUACAAGUACAAUUAUAAUCCCGGCAUCAGUUAUGAGACUUUAGGCCCCGAUGAGGUCAGAUCCCUCUUAACGACGCAAUGCGGGGUGAUCUCUGAGCACACCAAGAAGAUGUGUACCAGGUCUCAGCGAUGUCCCCAGCAUACGGACGAACAGAGGAGGGCCGUCAGGGUGUUCCUCCUGGGGCCGUCCGCGCCGUCCCUCCCCGAUGGAGACGCUGUGGUGGAGAGCAACCCCUUUGACAUUCCAGAUGGACAGACCCUGAUGGGCCGGCUGCAGUGGGAGGACUCCCCUGAUAUCUCACCCACUGACUCGGCCUCGUCCAAAGCCAGCACCAACCAUUCCGAUUCCAGGAGGCCCAAGAAAAAGAAGACACCCUCUCUUGGUUUGAACAGUGGAGUGGGUGGUGGCGGGGGAGGAGGAGGAGGAGGAGGAGGUGGUGGUGGUGGUGGAAGUUUGUCGGGAGGCGGCGGCAGCAGCGGCUCUCAGAGUAAUAUCAUGUUAUCGACCAAAAAAAAGAGGCCCAAGCUGUCGGCGCCUCCAAUCACCAGUAUCUACGAUGACUUAAACUAGCACCAGCCCCCCCCCCCCCCCCCGUCAGCACGAGCAGCUCCGCCCUCCUCCGCUCAGACCUGGCCUGGAUGUGAUGCGACUCGAUUUAGUAGUUCUAGUUCAUUCCGCCUUGUCACGUGAGAACAUCUGUAGUGGGGAAAACAACCUUUAAUGUGGCUUUUGGGGAAAAUCCCACAGUGAAGCAGACGUAACCGUAUGUAGUUUCUGAACUGAUGGGAGGCCUUCAGGUGUGGAUCAGAUGGCCUUUGCAAAGUCCUUUUCUGUCCAAGUCAGUCAAAAUGUCUGCUGUGAAAUACGCCCAUCAGGAGACUCUGGGGAUCCACUUCUCUGGGUUUUUUGUACAGAAUGUCCCUAAAAAUCUAAAUUCCUGACGACUACUUAUUUAGAGAAUUUUUUGGUGCCCCUGUAUGUGCUGAGUUUUGAAGUUGCUUGUAUUGCAUUGUAUUGCACAGUUGUGUGAGUGUGUGUGUGUGUGUGUGUGUGUAUUCAUAAAACUAUGCAUCCUAGAAUGUGAUACUAGUGAAAGUGUGUGUGUGUGUGCCAUUUGACAUAUUUCACUUUGUUUGGUUGAUUUCUAGUAAUCUAUUUAAGGUGUGUGUUUAUGAUGAGAUCUGAUGAGCCAGCAGGCUUUGGGCACAUGCACAGUGUACACAUACGUGUGUGUGGCGACGCGUGAGAUGGAAACGUUAAUCAUGAAUCCAACAUAACUGUCUCUCCUCGGUGCAAAUCUUGUGUUUUUUCCACUUUCUUUCUGCUUAUAGAUCAAAUGUCGCUCAAAAGUGCUUCAGUUGAGCUCGUGACUGAUACGUCUGUGAGCCUGUAUAUUGUCUUAUGUGAAGGUUGUAGGGAGCUAUAUUUACCUGCUUUGGAGGUCAGCCGCACUAUUUUGCUGAUCCUGUACUUGUAUGUCUUAGUGAAGCUCUUUUUAUUGAUUUUCCUCCUCAAACUUGACAGUUUUCAGUUAUUAUUGUUGAGUACGAGGGUGAUGUCUUGUGUUUUAAUAAAUCAGGAUGAAAUCAAUGUAAAACUUGGACUGUAUGAAAGGGGGGGGGGGGGGGUGUAGCUGCUGGUGUACUCCAUCAGAAAAGCUAAACAAUCAAAUUGCACCAGAUAACCUCCACCACGUUAUUUUUGUGUUUUUUUUUUUUUUUUAAUGCUAUUUCUUUUGAAAGUCUGGCAACCACACUCACGUCACCCUGUGAUUGGUCAGCUGUGCAGAGGCGAGCGAAGACCCGACCUUCCGUCCCCUCAAUCCCAUUCGGUCGGCUUCCUCCAGGUGCAGCCCGUUCAUUAAAUGUACGCCACAUCUGAGCGUCAUUGCAUCUGGCCGCUCUCCGGUGUCUUCACGCCUUCGGGUGUCGCAGUGCAGGACACAGUCGGCCCGAGUGUUUGUUUUCUUUUGAAAGGGUGGAUCAUUUAAAAAAUACCCCUAUAUAUAUAUAUACCCUUAUAUUUUAUAGGAUUCUCUCCUUGAGAUUUAUUUUGACUUUUUUUUUUUACCCAUUUGGUGGCUGAGAACAGAGUUGUUGUUGUUGUUGUUGUAAGGUUUAAUUUCCAGGUAUUUGGAGAAGUGUUUUAUUAUUUUAACUUAAGGGGAGGGUUCAAAUGAAAUAUAAAUAAUGGGUGUAAUAUAAUAUAAAAUGGAUUCAAUAUAAAGAUUCAAACUGGCUGCAAACCCAAACCAUUUUCGCACAUGGCCCUUCAGUCGAGUUGUUUCUGUUAUAAACGAAUCAGUGGGGCCUUGAUUGGAUUCCAGCUCUUGCCUUUGUUUCCGUGAUGGUCGUUCGUGACUGACUGUGCCCUUUUGAAUCUUUUCCAGUAAAGUCUUGUGAUGCACACUAACGAUACAUGAACUGUAAUUGAGAUAUUCUGCUAGGUGUCAUUUAGAUCGUGGAACAACUCUCUGUGGAUGAACAGCCGAUGUUCUCUUGUGGCUCUUUGUGCGCAGUGCGAGUGCAAUAACCAAGAAUGCGAUGUUGUGAGUUUCCAAUAUUUGUUUAUGCACAAGCCUGUGCGCGUGUGAACUUUCUCCACUGCCAUGCGUAGUGGAGUUUGUAUAUAAAUAAACACAAACUCUACCCA